UCAACAACUGGAUUACCACACACACCUCAUCACUGUGACAGGAUGUGCAGAGAGAUUUUACAGGGCGCCUUCAGACUAGAAUGAGGUUAAAAAGUAUUAGUAAUAGCAAGCAAGUACACAGACUGCUGGUGAACCUCAGAGCAGAAUAAAGGAAAUAAUCAUGUAUUUCAACAGUUUUCCAUUUUACCCGCAAACGAGAAAACCAUAUAUAUAUGAUACCAGCAUAGCGGAAAUCAUCAUUAUUUGUAGUGUGACUGCAUGCACAUUCAUUAUCAUAUUGCCAGGAAUCAGAGGAAAACUGAGACUGUUUUGGCUUUUGAGAGUACUGACAAGUCUUUUGAUUGGUGCCGUGAUUUUAGCUGUCAACUUCACCAGAGACUGGGAAGUAGGAAUGGUUACAACCACAACUGUCUACAAGUCUUUCAGCAAAGAAAUGGUUAAUGUCAGCAUUGGACUUUGGGUCGGUUUGAAGGGCAUAAACAUAACCCUGUCAGGAAUUCCUUUGCACCAAAUUAAUGAAACCAUUAAUUAUAAUGAGAUAUUUGACUGGGAGACAGGUGAAAAAUUUGACAAAGAGUAUGCAGAAGGCUUAGAAAGAGGUUUGCCAAACCCAAUACUAUAUGUGGCUGAAAAAUUUACCAGCGGAAGUCCCGGCAGGCUUUAUGAACAAUACAGCAUCGGAUCACACUAUGCAUCAGCACUAAUGUGGUUAGCCUUUUGUUCAUGGAUUUUCUGCAAUGUGCUGUUCUCCAUGCUAUUAUUACAAUAUGGGAUUUAUAUGAUGAUUUCCACUUCUUUGUGCGUUAUAAUUUCCCUGAUAUCUUUUGUAAGCUUCAGGCAAGAAGCCUGUAGUAUCAUUUUUGGUAUUUCUGUUUUGCAACCAACACUUGGACUUUCUUUCUGGCUAAGCUUAGGAGCAGGAAUUCUUUGCCUUAUGCUCAGUCUGAUACUAAUAGUAUUGCAUAUAAGGAAGCCAACGAUUUUGAAGCGCGUAUUUAAUGACAUUGAUGCAGCAAAAAAAAUCUCGGAAUCAGAAGAAGUACUUUUCUUGGAUGACAAUCAAACGAUAAUGUUACAGCAGAUGCUCUAGUGAAGUCAGUACUAUAAGAUAUAUAUCUUGACUUAUUUUCUACAACACCUAUUGGAUGUGCUUCAGAAAUUCAACAUUUAGCGUUCAAAUGGAAGACUUUCUGAAAUGGACUCUGUCGUACUUGUACGCAACCUCUUUGGAACUUUUAACUUUCAGUAUAUAUUCAGCAGAAAUUUUGCACAGGCAGGGAAUGAGUUGAGAUUCCUGAAGAAUAAUUUCCCAUUUCAAAAUAUUAAAGGGUACAGUUUAAUGCUAA